CACACCCUCUUCUCCCCCUUCCUCCUCCUUGGCCACCCCAAUUGCCCUUUUCUUCUCCCGAUUUUCUCCUACACAUCGGUCUUGUUCCUUCUCCCCCCUUUUUCCCCCUCCUCCUCUUCCCAUCACAUCUGCUCCUUUCCUGCCGUCGUUUCCCCCCUCGUUUUCCCCCACUUUGCACAAUCAGCUGCUGCCCUCGCCACGGCCUUUGCUCUCAUCUGCCGCGCUCCAGAGGACCUUCGAGCGUGGCCUGAACGCCUGGAGAUGAGAGGUGGACAGGAGGGUCUGAGGGGAGGGAUGGAGGAAGACAAAGCAGAAGCAGCAGCAGGAGCAGGAGAAACAUCAGGAGCAGGAGCAGCAGUGGCCGCAGUAAGAAGGGUUGGGAGAGGCCUGGAGAUGGCAGGAGUGGGGGCGCACGAGCAGAGGGUGUUGCAGGUGGUGCAAGAGGCAAUGGCCAUGGCAUCCUCUACUCUCCGGCAGCAUGAGAGCGCUCUGCAUGCCAUCGCAUGGCGCCUUGUGGAUGCUGGGGAGGCGAGUGAAAGUGAGAUCGAUGCUGCUGUCGCUGGUGCUAUCACUUCUGUUGUUGCUGGUGCCAGUGUGAGCGCACAACACAAGGCUGUACAUCCAGCUGCUGCAGGGUGA